CCCUCCUCCCCUCUCCCAGUGCCCCCACCCCCAGCUCCCACCCCAAGCCGCCCACCAGCCCCCUUCCCUCUGGACCGGAGCCUGAGCCGGGUCAGGCCGGCUGUGCCGCGCCAGCGCCGCCAGGAAGAUGGCCGUGGCGCUGCGGUACUUGUGGCCUCUCCUCCUGUGCAGCCCCUGCCUGCUCAUCCAGAUCCCCAAGGAAUAUGAAGGAUACCACGUGAUGCAGCCACCUGUCAUCACGGAACAGUCUCCACGGCGCCUGGUUGUCUUCCCCACAGAUGACAUCAGCCUGAAGUGUGAGGCCAGUGGCAUACCCGAAGUUCAGUACCGCUGGACUCGGGAUGGCAUCCACUUCAAACCCAAGGAGGAACCGGGUGUGACCGUGUACCAGGCGCCCCACUCUGGCAACUUCACCAUCACCGGCAACAACAGCAACUUUGCCCAGAGGUUCCAGGGCACCUAUCGCUGCUUCGCCAGCAAUAAGCUGGGCACUGCCAUGUCCCAUGAGAUCCAGCUUAUGGCUGAGGGUGCCCCCAAGUGGCCAAAGGAGACCGUAAAGCCUGUCGAGGUAGAGGAAGGGGAGUCAGUGAUUCUGCCUUGCCACCCUCCACCCAGUGCAGAGCCGCUCCGGAUCUACUGGAUGAACAGCAAGAUCUUGCACAUCAAACAGGACGAACGGGUGACAAUGGGCCAGAAUGGCAACCUCUAUUUUGCGAAUGUGCUCACCUCGGACAACCACUCAGACUACAUCUGCCAUGCUCACUUCCCUGGCACUCGGACAAUCAUUCAAAAGGAACCUAUUGACCUUCGUGUCAAAGCCACCAACAGCAUGAUCGACAGGAAGCCACGCCUUCUCUUCCCCACCAAUGCCAGCAGCCACCUGGUGGCCUUGCAGGGACAGCCGUUGGUUCUCGAGUGCAUCGCUGAAGGCUUCCCCACGCCCACCAUCAAGUGGUUGCGCCCAAGUGGCCCCAUGCCAGCCAACAGAGUCACCUAUCAGAACCACAACAAGACCCUGCACCUGCUGGAUGUGGGCGAGGAGGAUGACGGCGAGUACCAUUGUGUGGCUGAGAACUCGUUGGGCAGUGACCGGCAUUCCUACUAUGUCACUGUGGAGGCUGCCCCAUACUGGCUGCACGAGCCCCAGAGCCAUUUGUAUGGACCAGGGGAGACUGCCCGCCUGGACUGCCAAGUGCAGGGCAGGCCCCAACCAGAGGUCACCUGGAGAAUCAACGGGAUCCCUGUGGAGGAGCUGGCCAAGGACCAGAAGUACCGGAUCCAGCAUGGAUCCCUGAUCCUGAGCAACGUGCAGCCCAGCGACACGAUGGUGACCCAGUGUGAGGCCCGAAACCGGCACGGGGUCCUGCUGGCCAAUGCCUACAUCUAUGUUGUCCAGCUGCCGGCCAAGAUCCUGACCCCAGACAACGAGACCUAUCUGGCAGUUAAGGGCAGCACUGCCUACCUUCUUUGCAAGGCCUUCGGAGCUCCUGUGCCCAAUCUCCAGUGGCUGAACGAGGAAGGAAAGACCGUGCUACAGGAUGAACGCUUCUUCCCCUACACCAACGGGACCCUGGGCAUUCGAGACCUCCGUGCCAGUGACACAGGAUACUACUUCUGCCACGUUAUGAAUGACCAAAACAAUGCAACCAUUGUGGCGAACCUGCAGGUCAAAGAUGCCACUGAGAUCAAGCAGGGACCCCAGAGCACAAUUGCGAAGAAAGGCUCAACAGUGACAUUCACCUGCCAGGCCUCCUUUGAUACCUCCUUGCAGCACAGCAUCACCUGGCGCAGAGACGGUCACAGCCUCCAGGAGCUUGGGGAUGGUGACAAGUACAUCAUAAAUCAUGGGCGCCUGGUCAUCUCCAACCUGAGCUAUAGUGACCAGGGCAACUACAGCUGUGUGGCCAGCACAAAGCUGGAUGUGGUGGAAAGCAGGGCAGAACUCCUGGUGGUGGGAAGCCCUGGGCCCGUGCCUCAGCUGGAGGUGUCCAAUCGUCACCUGCUGAAGCAGAACCAGGUUCGCCUGUCUUGGAGACCUGCUGAUGAUCACAACUCCCCUGUUGAGAAGUAUGACAUUGAAUUCGAAGACAAGGAGAGGGAUCCUGGGAAAUGGCACAGUCUGGGCAAGGUACCUGGAAACCAGACCUCCACCACCCUCAAGCUGUCACCUUAUGUCCACUACACCUUUAGAGUUACUGCCAUCAACAGAUAUGGCCCUGGGGAACCCAGCCCGGCCUCUGAGACUGUGGUUACACCUGAGGCAGCCCCGGAGAAGAACCCCGUGGAUGUGAAGGGGGAAGGGAAUGAGACCAACAAUAUGGUCAUCACUUGGAAGCCACUCAUGUGGAUGGACUGGAAUGCCCCCCAGGUUCAGUACCGUGUCCAGUGGCGCCCUGAGGGGGUGCGAGGGACCUGGCAGGAACAGACCGUGAGCGAUCCCUUCUUGGUGGUGUCCAACACCUCCACCUUUGUGCCCUAUGAGAUCAAGGUCCAGGCCAUCAACAGCCAGGGCAAAGGCCCCGAGCCCCAGGUCACCAUUGGCUACUCUGGGGAAGACUGUCCCCAGGCAAGACCUACGCUAGAUGACAUCGAAAUCCUCAACUCGAGCACCGUGCUGGUCAAGUGGUUGCCUGUGGAUCCAGCCCAGGUCAAGGGCCACCUGCGCGGAUACAAUGUGACAUACUGGUGGGAGGGCGGUCAGAGGAGAAACAGCAAGAGGUAUGUCUACAGAGGCCAUGUGGUGGUGCCCGCCAACACCACCAGCGCCAUCCUGGGAGGCCUGCAGCCCUAUAGCUCUUACCAUCUGGAGGUGCAGGCUUUCAACAGCCGGGGACUGGGGCCUGCCAGCCAGACGACUUUCAAUACCCCAGAGGGAGUGCCUGACAACCCUGCAGCAUUGCACCUGGAGUGCCAGUCCAACACCAGCCUGCUGCUCUACUGGGAACCUCCAGUCAACCACAAUGGCGUGCUCACUGGCUACGUGCUCUCCUACCACCCAUUGGAUGAUGGGGGUAAGGAGCAGUUGUCCUUCAACCUUUCGGACCCUGAUCUCCGGAUGCACAACCUGACCAACCUCAGCCCCCACCUGCGGUACCGCUUCCAGCUGCAGGCCACCACGAAGGAGGGCCCUGGCGAGGCCAUUGUGCGGGAAGGAAGCACCAUGGCCCUAUCUGGGACCCCAGAUUUUGGUAACAUCUCAGCCAUGGCUGGCGAGAACUACAGCGUGGUCUCCUGGAUCCCCAAGGAGGGCCAGUGCAACUUCAGGUUCCAGAUCUCAUUCAAAGCCCAGGGUGAUGAGAAGAUGCCCCCUUACCUCCUGCCACAGUAUGUCAACUACAGCCAGAGGACCUACACACAGUGGGACUUGCAGCCUGACACUUCCUACGAGAUUCGCCUGUUCAAGGAGAUGAUGUUCCUGCGCCAAAUGUUUGUGAAGACCAAUGGCACUGGCCGAGUGAGACUCCCUCCCCCCGGCUUUGCCACCGAGGGCUGGUUCAUUGGCUUCGUCAGCGCCAUCAUUCUCUUGCUCCUCAUCUUGCUCAUUCUCUGCUUUAUCAAGCGCAGCAAGGGUGGCAAGUACUCAGUAAAGGAUAAGGAGGACACCCAGGUGGACUCCGAGGCCCGGCCGAUGAAGGACGAGACCUUCGGCGAGUACAGGUCCCUGGAGAGUGACAACGAGGAGAAGGCCUUUGGCAGCAGCCAGCCAUCCCUCAAUGGAGACAUCAAGCCCCUGGGCAGUGAUGACAGCCUGGCUGACUAUGGGGGCAGUGUGGACGUCCAGUUCAACGAGGACGGCUCCUUCAUUGGCCAGUACAGUGGCAAGAAGGAGAAGGAGGCAGCAGGAGGCAACGACAGCUCAGGGGCUGCCUCCCCCAUCAACCCUGCAGGGACCUUGGAGUAGUGGGGUCCAGCCAGGCAAGGUGCAGCCCAGGGCUGGGCGGGCCACAGUGGAGUCAGAGGCCAAGACCCCGCAGCCCGAUGCCUGUUCUGGGCCCCUGACCUUGGGACUGAGGCCCCUUCCUGUCGCCACCAGGCCUCACACCCCACCCUCUGGCCCUGGGCCAGUGGGAGGCUUGAGUUGGGAGCAGAAGAGAGGAGCUCACUGCCUAAUCCCCUUAUGACUACCCACACCCCACUUUAUUGCCAAAACCCAGCUGCACCCCUUGUUGGGCACACGCUGCUUUGCUCCAGCUCGGGGGCUGGCUGAUCGCUCAAACAUCAGGAGCCUUCAGGUGCUGCCUUGCCAGCCUUUGGGCAGACAGAGGCCGUGGUGGUCGGGGAGGGGAAGUGGAGAUGGCUCCACAGGUGUCUCCCAGAUGCAGCCUGGUGGGAUCUUUUCAGGACUAGGACUGGCACCUUCUUCCCCGGCCACUUUGUGGCCAGCCUGGCUGGGACUGAGGAUAGAAUUUGGGUCCCCACCAUCUGCUCUCUUCUCUUUGCCAUCUCUGCUCCAACCGGGAUGGGUGCUGAGUAAGCUGGCCACGGGUGCAGGAGGCCAUGUGGAGAGCGCAGAGUCCCCACUUGCCAGUAUCACCCUCCUCUGGCUGCCCACCGCACCCCGUGGCUGGCUUUCAGGAGCUCCAUACACACGCUGCCUUCAGUACCCAUCAGACAACAUCCAAGUGGCCUCCAUCACUGCCAGGGUAUGCGGUGGGCACACCUCCUUCCCACUGCCCCUGGCCCCUGCCUCUCCCAGCUGCUACCACACUCUAGGACCCCUUAGCAGCCCUGCCACCCCCCGGUCAGAACAGUUUCCUUCCUCAGCCUUCCCUUCUGCCCACCUUGGGAAUGUAAAUACACCAUGACUUUGACAGUUCCUACCCUUGCCCUUUCCCCAUAUGCCACUAGUGUGUAGGCAGAUGUCUGAGUCUCUAGGUGGUUUCUAGGUUUUAUAGCAAUUAGCUUUGAUGAUCCCAUCCCAGGAAAAAUUAAAAAAAAAAAAAAAAAAGGAAAGAUGGGUUCUCCCAGCUCUGCUGUGCUCCUGCCAGCAGCCCCUGUCUCCCUGUCUGCCUUUGCUUGGUCUGUUGAUGAGCCCUUUACAAAAAAACAAAAAUAUAUAUAU